AGAACGAAAAUAGAAGAAGAGAAGAGAAGAGAUUAUAAUACAAAUACAGUGGUAGCUAGAUUGCUUCAAAUUGAAUGCAAACUGAAACGCCCCGUUGCAAUUCCCACAAUUUCGAUUCAACGGGGUGUUUUUCUCAUUUCAUCAUCACAUUCGAAAUUGGAUCUCGAUUUCGCAUCUUCGUUGAUAAUCAUCAUCAUUCUAGGGAUUCAUCAUCAGAAGAAUCACCAUGGAAGGGAUAAUGAGCAAGCUUCGGAACCUGGACGCGUACCCUAAAAUCAACGAGGAUUUCUACAGCAGAACCCUCUCCGGCGGCGUCAUCACCCUCGCUUCCUCCCUCAUCAUGCUCUUGCUCUUCUUCUCCGAGCUCCGGUUGUAUCUCCAUGCUGUCACUGAAACCAAGCUCGUUGUAGAUACUUCUAGAGGAGAAACGCUGCGUAUCAAUUUUGAUGUUACAUUUCCUGCAUUACCAUGUUCUAUAGUCAGUCUUGAUGCUAUGGAUAUCAGCGGAGAGCAGCAUUUGGAUGUGAGACAUGAUGUCAUCAAGAAAAGAUUAGACACUCAUGGCAAUGUGAUAGAAACAAGGCAAGAUGGGAUAGGCUCUCCUACGAUUGAAAAGCCCUUGCAAAAACAUGGAGGCAGGCUUGACCACAAUGAGACUUAUUGUGGUUCCUGUUAUGGUGCUGAAUCGUCAGAUGAGGAAUGUUGUAAUAACUGUGAGGAAGUCCGUGAAGCAUAUCGAAAGAAAGGUUGGGCACUGUCAAAUCCAGAUGUAAUUGACCAGUGCAAAAGAGAAGGAUUCUUACAAAGAAUCAAGGAUGAAGAAGGUGAAGGGUGCAAUGUGUAUGGUUUCUUGGAAGUAAAUAAGGUGGCAGGGAAUUUCCAUUUCGCUCCUGGGAAAAGCUUUCAACAAUCUGGUGUGCAUGUACAUGACUUGCUGGCUUUUCAAAAGGACUCAUUUAAUUUAAGUCACCACAUCAACAGAUUAGCUUUUGGAGACUAUUUCCCUGGUGUUGUGAAUCCUCUCGAUCGUGUGCAUUGGACACAAGACACGCCAAGUGGGAUGUAUCAAUAUUUUAUUAAGGUUGUGCCUACUGUAUACACUGACGUGAGUGGCCAUACCAUCCAGUCAAACCAGUUCUCGGUUACAGAACACUUCAGGACAGCGGAUGUGGGCCGACUGCAGUCCCUCCCUGGAGUUUUCUUCUUCUAUGACCUUUCUCCAAUCAAGGUUACAUUUACAGAAGAACAUGUCUCGUUCUUACAUUUUCUUACUAAUGUGUGUGCCAUAGUUGGAGGUGUUUUUACUGUUUCUGGAAUAGUAGAUUCAUUCAUCUAUCAUGGUCAAAAGGCUAUCAAGAAGAAGAUGGAACUCGGUAAAUUUAGCUGAUAGUUCUGUGGGCACAUGCUGUGGUGUUAUCUGAUUCUUUCCAGUGAAUGGCUCUCCAGAGGCAAUCUUUUCAAGAGAUGGUCAACUAUUGAAUGGAAUUCUCGUCGGCGUUCACUGCGUUCUGUCAUUUUCAUCAAAAGGGUUAUGUCCUUAGAUCUUGUCAUCAAUGAAGGUUGAAACGCUUGAUCAUAUCAUGUGUGACAAAUUCCACUUUUGCCAUGGUUCAUAUCUUUUCUGAAACAGCUCUGAUGAUGUGAAUGUUACUUUUUGGAAUGUAGAUGGGGCUUUCAUUUAUAGCUAUUCACUUGCAGAACUUCCUUCCAGGAGAAUCAAAUGGAAAACCCUAUACAGAAAUCUAAAUUGACAAUGAUAAUCUAAAAUGAGAUAUAACUGUAGCUCCA